GCUGCGAACAAAUGUCAAUAUUGUUUACGUAAAUCUGGAGGAGCAGCAGAAAUUAUUUAAUUUUGCUAUUAUUCACUAAUUUUCAUAUAGUUUGAUAAUAAAAUGUUUAAGAAUACACUGCUAGAUGUUGGAAAAUUACUGCGACAGUCACCAUCGAUUGCUUCGGUUCGACAUGCAUCGAAGAAAACCGGCGGCAGCACGAAAAACCCAUCUGAUCACGGCCGUCCUAAGCAUCGUGGCUGGAAGGUGCAAGACGGCCACUACGUGUCAGCUGGAACCAUAUUGGCCACUCAGCGAACCCCUCGCUUCCACCCUGGAUUGAAUGUUGGAUUUGGUAAAAAUGGAACCAUCUUUGCGUUGGAGCACGGCAAGGUUUACGUGACGUGUGAAAAAUUGGACCCCAACUGGGACCACACCUGGGUGCAGCGGAUUUAUGCCGGGCGGGAAAAUCAAACGAUCUACAAGAAGUUCUUCAACGUGGUUCCGGUUGAACAGCAUCAGCGAUUCAAGUUGAUUGAAGAAGUUUGAAUAAAUUUCGCUUUAGCUUUUUCUGUUGUAGUUACAAUGAA